AUGCCUUUUCCCUUCGCAGUAGACAAAAAGUCGAAAUUGUCAUUGCUAAAAGGGCUCGAUAAAACCGAAGAGCAUUUAGAAGAAUGUGUAGAGUGCAUAAAAACUUGGUUCGAGUCGCAGCCUCAUUUGCCCGAGUUACCAUGCAAAAAUAUGAUCGAAUUCUUCAUCUUUACUACCAGAUUUGAUAUUAAAUCAGCACAAGAGAAGUUAGAUAACUAUUACACUCUUAGGUCAAGUUUAACGAAAGUAUUCCAGUACGCUAAUCCAUCAUCACACGCAAUGAAGGCAGCCGUUGAUUGUGCGUACCUAGUGCCUCUACCAAACCUCGUUAAUGAUAAAAACGGAGUCAUUGUUAUAAGAGAGCUACCACAUGUACCAUCUGGUUUCGACGGGAAUUGGUGGUUAGGAGCCGUUAUGAACAUUUUCGAAGUUAGAAUGCAGGAAGGGGCGCAUACUACUGGAAAUAUUUUGCUGUAUGACCACCAGCAUCUCUGUAUGAAACACGUUUUUCACGUUACACCGACAUUUAUCAUGAAUCUUAUUAAACUUUCAGAGCAAGUAUUAGACAACAAUAUCAUAGAGUGGCAUUUUAUUAAUAGUCCCCCAAUUAUAGAGGUAAUAUUGAAGGUUUGUAAAGCAUUUAUGAAACCAGACCUUUACUCCAGGGUAAGUGAAUCUUAUUUUGGCACCGUUGCGUCAUAG